AGGUCAUGGGAAGUAAAGGCAGCUCAGGAGGGUAUGGACUCAGAGAAAGGGGCCUGGAGGAGUGGGGGUGGGGGGUGUCAGGAGUUGAGAGAGACUUACUGAGGGGAGUGGGAACCCCGGGGGCCAGAAAUAUGAUUGAGGUGAUGCAGAGGGAGUUUCUCCGCAAGAAAGUCAUCUGAGACGUUGGAGGAGCGGUUUGAGCAGAGGGUGGGGACCGGUCCACCUGAAAGCCCCAUCCAGGCUAUGGGCAUCAAGACAGCCUUGCCCGCGGCAGAGCUGGGCCUGUACUCCCUGGUGCUGAGCGGAGCCCUAGCCUAUGCUGGCCGGGGCCUCCUUGAGGCUUCACAAGGUGGGGCCCACAGGAAAGCCUUCCGGGAGUCUGUGCAACCUGGCUGGGAGUACAUUGGCCGGAAGAUGGACGUGGCUGACUUCGAGUGGGUGAUGUGGUUCACCUCCUUCCGCAACGCCAUCUUCUUCGCUCUCUCCGGACACGUACUGUUUGCUAAACUCUGCACUAUGGUUGCCCCCCAGCUCCGCUCCUGGAUGUAUGCUGUGUACGGGGCCCUGGCCGUGGUGGGCACGAUGGGCCCUUGGUACCUGCUGCUGCUGCUUGGCCACUGCGUGGGUCUCUAUGUUGUCUCACUCUUGCGCCAGCCCUGGCUCUGUCUCGGCCUCGGCCUGGCCAGCCUUGCCUCUUUCAAGCUGGACCCCCUCAUCUCCUGGCAGAGCGGGUUUGUAACAGGGACUUUUGAUCUUCAAGAGGUGCUGUUUCACGGGGGCAGCGGUUUCACGGUGCUGCGUUGUACCAGCUUUGCGCUGGAGAGCUGUGCCCACCCUGACCGCCGCUACUCCCUAGCUGACCUGCUCAAGUACAAUUUCUACCUGCCCUUCUUCUUCUUCGGGCCCAUUAUGACCUUUGAUCGCUUCCACGCUCAGGUGAGCCAGGUGGAGCCGGUGCGGCGAGAGGGCGAGCUGUGGCACAUCCGGGCCCAGGCGGGCCUCAGCGUGGUAGCCAUCGUGGCCGUGGACAUCUUCUUCCACUUCUUCUACAUCCUCACCAUUCCCAGUGACCUCAAGUUCGCCAGCCGCCUCCCGGACAGCGCCCUCGCUGGCCUAGCCUACUCAAACCUGGUGUACGACUGGGUGAAGGCGGCCGUCCUCUUCGGCGUCGUCAACACCGUGGCGCGCCUCGAUCACUUGGACCCGCCCCGGCCUCCCAAGUGCAUCACAGCACUCUACGUCUUCGCCGAGACGCAUUUUGACCGUGGCAUCAACGACUGGCUUUGCAGGUACGUGUAUGACCACAUUGGUGGGGAGCACACUGCGGUGAUCCCAGAGCUGGCGGCCACUGUGGCCACAUUUGCCAUCACCACUCUGUGGCUCGGACCUUGUGAUACUGUCUACUUGUGGUCAUGCCUUAACUGCUUUGGCCUCAACUUUGAGCUCUGGGUACAGAAGCUGGCAGAGUGGGGUCCCCUGGCACGAAUUGAGGCCUCUCUGUCGGAGCAGAUGUCUCGCAGGGUCCGAGCCAUCUUUGGGGCCAUGAACUUCUGGGCCAUCAUCAUGUACAACCUUGUAAGCUUGAACAGCUUUGAGUUCACAGAGCUGGUCGCCCAGCGCCUGCUACUCACAGGGUUCCCCCAUACCACGCUGGCCGUCCUGUUUGUCACCUACUGCGGUGUCCAGCUGGUGAAGGAGCGAGAGCGAACCCUGAUGCUGGAGGAGGAGCAGAACAAAGAGAAGCCCGAGUAGGGGAGAUGGGGGGAGGGCUGGGCUCUGCUCAGCUAUUCCUGGGAGAGGCCUGACUGAUAGAAUAAAAGACUUUU